AUGCCUCAAGCUCAGCCAGAAUUGAAGAAGUACAUGGAGAAGCGGGUCUUCUGCGAACUCAAUGGCAACCGCAAAGUCAUUGGCAUCCUCCGAGGCUACGAUGUCUUCAUGAACAUCGUCCUAGACGAGGCCUUCGAGGAGAAGGCAGGCGGCGAGAAAGUGGCUAUUGGCAUGGUGGUGAUUCGCGGCAACUCGGUCGUGAUGCUCGAGGCCCUCGAACGGAUAUCCGAUAAAUGA